GACACAUCUACCAGCAAAGUAAACACAAAUACCAUUAACACUGCUUGAAAGAGUGCCUGUUGAAUAUGCAUCUCAGACCAACUUCCUCUUCAGAAAACUCAUCCCACCUGCUACACGUUCAGAAAUAACUCCAGCUGCUUGCUCAUAAGAUAGUAUUUCUUCCCCAAAUGUAUUUCUUCUGUAUAUUUUUGUGCUCCACCAGCUUUGUUCAGUUUUUAGAAAGCUUUUAAGCUCGUUAUUAACAGUGAGCCAGAUACUUAGCUGAGACAUCGUUUUUCUGAACCAUAUUGUGAGCAAUGGACAAGUAGGAAGUGAUUAAAGGGAGAAAAGCUUUAACAACUACUCACAAAAUUCCCUUUCCUCGUGAAACUUACAUACAUAACAAAAAGUUAACAAUAAUUACCAGACUUAACACGUGCUGAAUAGAAUCUUGUUUUAAAUAAAAUGGAUGUAAUAUGGAGGCACAUGCAUCACACAGAUAUCCCAUUGCAUAUGUUAACUGCAAUAUAAUGUUUAGAACUCUAAGAACUCUGACAAUACCUUACAUCGUUUAAGAAUUCGUGAAAAUGAAUAUCUGUGCAAACCUGAAGCUUAAUUAAAUGCUUUAAAAAAAAGUGCUCACCUAAUUGAUAAACAUGAAUGGAAAAGGGAAAUUGGCAGUAAGUUCAUGUGUUCUCACAUAUCUCUAACAUUCUUCAAAUAUCAUAAAAAUAUUUUGAAUAAUUUCAGUAUAAAAAAUACAGAACACAAGCACUGUUCUAGGUGUUUGAACAUAAGUAUAUAUGCACAUUUAUGUUCAGGUACGCAUAUGAACAAGAACGUGUAAAACUACCCUUGGGUCAGUGCCUAAGUAUAAUAAAUUUACGACUGUAAAAUUAUUUUACGGCUCUAAUUAUGAAAUAAAAAGGACUGUAACCAAAAUUAGAACUACAAGGCCGUUCAAAGACUUGUCCUCUAAAAGCAUAAUAAUAAACACAAACUCUUUAUCAGCCCUACUCUCAAAGGAAUCAGUAGGAAGGAAAUCACUGAGCUUGAAUUUUAAGCUAGAUUAAUCUUGGGGGCGGGGGGGGGGGGGGGAAGGGUUUAGGAAAAUAUAGUCAAGAGAUUACAGAUGUGGCCGAAGGUUACAAUUUGAAGUCAGGAAGUCUGUUUCCAAAGUUGCACAAAAAGGUAUGACUCAAGCUGAACAGAAUGAAGAGCUCCAGGAAAGCCCUUCUCCACCCCCACCCACCCCUCUCACCCUCUGAGCAGCUGGGAGGUCCUGCCUGCCCUGCCGCGGAGGAGCAGCCCCGUACAUAGGUCACAAGCGUUCGUGGCCUGGGUCCCUUCGUCUGUCCUUGAACACUCCCCACAGUGAGUGUCAGGGCUGACACGUGUCCUCGUCCCUUAAGCAAGCCCAAGGUUAAUGGCCUGGGCACUCAACCUUUUCACAGGCGACAACCUCAGGGGCGUGCUUUAACCUUUCUCCAGGAGGGGACCUAUGGCCACGGUUGGCUUAUUUUACAGGAUUUCCCAGUAUGGGCGUGGUGUCACAGAAAAGGUCCGGUUUGAUAAAUUAUUUAAUUUUGGGGGUGGUCGGAGCAGCCCUUGCUCUAAAACUAAUCACUUUAGUUCACGUUAACUCUGCCGGCUCUCGCUUUCCGCCCUAAAAGUCCAGAGCGAGGGUGACAGGCGAACGAGGGGAGGGGGGGGAGGGGUCCGAAUUUGAACGUGACGCCGAAGGAACUCUGAUCCUUCCUCCGGAGCCAGAGGGCGGGGGACGCGGCGCCAGCACCAAGCACAGAGGCUUCCAAAGGCGGUGCUGCCGGAGUUCCCUCGUUUCCUGGUUACGUGCGUGCUAGCAGAAACGAAAACUGCCGCUUCUCCACAGGGACCAGGAGGCUGGGCACGCUAGUGUGAGACGUGUCAAGCCAAGCGCCCCCCAUGGCCGCUGCCGGAGCCCAACCGCCAGGCGCCCUCUGCGGCGCACGCGCCUUGGGGCUCCGCGGGGGCCAGUGAGGGCCCCGCCCCGAGAUGGGCGUGCCUGGCGUCUCCCGGCUGGCCAAUCGGCUGGUAAACCUGAGCCUUCCUCCCCAGCUAGCCUCGCGGUUGCACGUGCCAGUGUUUGUGUACGUGCGGCGACCGCGGGGCUGGGAAAGGCCGGGCAGCUGCGGGUGAGGCUGCUGGGGCGCGGCCGGGGUUGGGGCGCGGCCGCGAGGGGCCGUCCCACUGGCCCGGGCAAUCUAAAUUCUCCCGCACUUGGGCUGGCUGUGCUCGCUUACCUGCCAGUCCGCAGCGCCUGCCCCGCCGCUCUGCUCUCCCAGGGCCUCGGGUCCUCUGCCUUGGGUGGAGAAUGCUGUUGCUUGACUGCAACCCAGAGGUGGACAGUCUGAAGCAUCUGCUGGAGGCCGGGGCCUCGGUCAACGCACCCCCGGAUCCCUGCGAGCAGUCGCCUGUCCAUUUGGCCGCAGGUGGCGGCCUUGCUUGCUUUCUUCUGUGGCAGCUGCAGACUGGCGCUGACCUCAACCAACAGGAUGUUUUUGGAGAAGCUCCACUACAUAAGGCAGCAAAAGUUGGAAGUCUGGAAUGCCUUAGCCUGCUCGUAGCCAGUGAUGCCCAAAUUGAUUUUUGUCUUAAAUUCAGUUUAUGUAAUAAGAAUGGGCAAACAGCUGAAGAUCUAGCUUGGUCAUGUGGAUUUCUAGAAUGUGCCAAGUUUCUCACAACAGUUAAAUGUAUGCAGUCAGUAAAAUCAAGUGAGCCAUCGGAUAGAGGUCAUUGUGUCCCAGGGCUUGGACAGAAACGAAGUUUUGGAAGUGCAGAAAAUACAACCGGGAAAAGGAAGUGUUGGUAAGUAAUUUAGUUCUGUUUUCUUCCUCCCUCGGAGAUCUCUUAUUUAGUACAGAAUUUAUCGUUUCAUUUAAAUAUUGGCAGCCUAAUUUCUAGUGUGUCUUUUUAUUUUCAUUAACACAUUUUAAUACUGGUUUUAGUAACUGCUGCUAGAUUCUAGAGGUCAGAAAUUGUCCUGCAUGAUGGAAGGCUGGGGAGAAAACCUUU